AUGCGGAGGCUGCAGUACUUCUGGCCAGUUCUCGUGGGCACCAUCAUCGCCACGACGCCCCUCCUAGUAGUUGCCAAACGCAUCCUCUUCCUGACUUUCGACCCACGCGAGCCACCAAAGGUGCAGCCAACGAUCCCAAUGGUGGGCCACCUCAUAUCCAUGCUCACGCUGGCCAACGACUCCUACAUCAAAAUUGCCAAAAGGAGCCGCGGCGCCCCGAUCCGCACGCUGCCGAUGCUGGGUGGCAGGAUGUACGUCAUCCACUUGCCGGCCAUGAUACAGGCCGCCAUGCACAGCAAUGAGCUCUGGUUCCUGCCCUUUGCCGAGCACUGGUCCGAGGACGUCGCGGGCAUCCAGAAGGAAACGCCCAUCGGCGGCCCCCUGAAGCACAUCAUCGGGCGCAAGGCAUACAACGCACGCGAGCGCAUCCAGAACAAGUUUCUCCCCUACAUGCUCGCUGGCGACGACUUUGACGAGUCAACGUCGGACCUCGUCCGUAUCCGGUCCAGAGACCACGAAACGUAA